AUGGCCGAUUCGAGCAACCAGCUUGUUGUUAUUAACGACACCACCUAUUCCAUAGUGGAACUGCCACCAAGUGAUACUGAGCUUGUCGUGGCGGAGCGAAAGAAGUUGUUGGGUCAUAUUGAUCUCCGAUCACUUGUGCAAGAUUUGGGCCGAGUGGGAAGAUGCAUCCAGGUCGCUUUCAAUGGUGUUAUUGCGGCGGGUCCCAAAUAUACCGAUCUUCAAAUCAAAGUACAACGGCUUGGCUACGACGUGACGAGGCUGUGCGACAAGUCCGCUGUUACGGUUUCGAAGUUUAAGCGUGCAUCCACGACGAUCUUGACGGAUCUUCAAUCGACAUACGAAUAUCUGCUCUCCGGUUUCGAGGAUAUGGCUCUCGAUACGCUCUCUUCUGUUUCCGACUUAGCCGGACAGAUGGCUGCUGCAGCGGAAGAUUUGCACAGAAGCUUUGACGACGAAGCUCAUAAGGUGGAGGAAGUCCUCGAGGAAACGCAGCGCGAAGAAGGUGCGCGGGAACGUUACGCGCUAGAAAUGAAGAAAAAGAAGACUGAUUUUGAACAACAGCAGAAAGACCAGCAUAAGUUACUGAAAAGGGCAGCAGAAAAGGAGGAGCAGGCGGAAGCUAGGUAUCGUGAAUGUGAAUUGCAGGGUGACAAGGCAUUACAGGAUCUGGGUGAUGACGGUGGUUUCUUUCAGAAGUUAGGAAAUGGCCUUACGAAUAAGUUUAUUGGGACUCCAAUCUUUGGAACAAGCAAAGAAACAAAACAGCAAAAGUAUGAAGCUAUCAACAAAAACAAGAGGGAAGCACUUGAAAUGAGAAUGCAACAAGAAAAAGAGCGACUGGAGGCCUACAAGAAGCUGGGCGAGUUCACCGUCAUUGUUAAAAACUGUGAAGGUGAAGAAGAAUUUGCAAAGAGUUCGGCACAAGCUCUGCACAAGGCCAUGGAGGGUUUGAAGAUACUUGCUGCACUCAUGAUGCAAGCUGCACUUUUUUGGAAACAGAUGCAAGACCACUGCAAGUCACUUGCUGAUGACAAGCUGAAGGACAAAGUCGAGAGUGCCAUGAGCAAGUAUGACGAGACAAAGCGCUUGAAACUUUGGACAUCGAAACCGUUUAAAAUUCAAGCUGUUCGAUUUUAUGCUGGCUGGGUGGCAUUGGACAACGUGUGUGGAGAAUACAUGGAAGCAAUCAAGGAAACACAAGCCGAGCUGUACAAAUAUAUCCAGGAAAAUCCGACGUACGAAGAUGCGAAGAAGAGGGUGGGAGAUCUUGCUCUCACUUUUCAGAAGGAGAUAGAAGAUGCCAAGAAAGCAUGUGCUGAGAGGGAUUCUGAAAUGCAAAAGGAAUUUGAUAGUCUGACUGUAUAAAAGUGGACUGUAGGUUUAUUUGACGUUUAGGCUAGCAUUAUAACUACCUUGUCUUUGCCUUAGUUAUGCGAGAUGUCUUGAAACAACCGCGGAUAAAGACAUUUG